UUUCUUUCCCUACCUCCAUUAGAGCAUUAGUGAUCCCAAGAUGCCUUUCUCAGCUCUUAUCGCCUACCCUGGGAUAGCCUGGCAACAAGUCAUCCCUCAACCCCUCCCACUCCCUCCCAGCCAGCCUAGACUGUUUACUCUCUCUGGGGGUUAACAUUUAACAUUUAUACCGGAGCACCACAGCUGACUACAUCAUCAGAGAUUGUGGACAGCAACCUUCCCAAGUUACUUGGCACUUUGGCUGGCAAACCUUUGAAGUGAAUUGUACGAUGGGACCUCGGACAGCUGUCACUCCAUCUAAGGAAAGAAAGAUGGUGUCCGGGGGGCAAGAUAACAGUUUUAGUAGUGGCAACAGCAGGUAUUGUAACAGAGGUCCCAUGCUUAGCCCUACCUUACCUGUGCUGUCAAACCCCAAAUCAGUGCUAAAGAGACAUGUAAGUCCAGAGGAGCUUCGGAGACCAGGAGGUUCAUACAUAAAGAGGACGUUUACAAUUGUGGGUGAUGCAGUGGGCUGGGGCUUUGUGGUCAGGGGGAGUAGACCAUGUCAUAUCCAGGCAGUGGACCCCAGCGGCCCUGCAGCAGCAGUAGGAGUGAAAGUGUGCCAGUUUGUGGUCUCUGUCAAUGGUCUGGACGUCCUGUCUCUGGACUACAAGACGGUCAGCAACCUCAUCCUCACUGGAUCGCGGACCGUGGUCAUGGAGGUUAUGGAGGAGUCUGAUUGCUGAGGAUGAGGUUGUAUUGUAUUCGGUUACAGUCAACUUAAGGCCUCAGUAACCCAUUGGCUCUUGGUGGUCGAAAGCUUAAGAGUAAGAAUGUGGACUGUAUUGGCCGAAAUAAAUCCAUAGAUACCUUAUGACCUUGAUAUGGAGCCAAAUGGACUUAGCUACAUGAUGGACUUGAGACGCGGGGUCACAGCAACAGAAAACUGACGAGCCCCACUGUGAAGCCGUGUGUGCUUACAUCAUCAGUCUGAGACUCUGGCCAGUGUUCUGUGGUUAACAUGGAUACUGCUUGUGUUUUUUUUGCUCUCCCACAGCAGUUUAGACUUUUGACCUGUGCGCCUGCUGUUUGCUUUUCCACCCACUCCCUCGUUUGCUCCAAUGGAGGGUACCUUCCUAGAAAGACAAGUACUUAGGGUGUUGUUGAUUAAGUGAGGUGGCACAUAUUGUCAACAACACCGCACUUUGUGACGUGGCAGAGGUGUUUUCGAGAGCAGUAGAAUUUCUUUAGAUGAUUUAGCUUUGCAUUUUGCUUGGAAUAUGUUUGGCAUUGAAUGCUAACGUUUGGUAGCGGGAGUAACUUAAACUUUGUAUUCAUAUUGGACUGAAAAUAGCACAAUACUGUCAAACUGCAGAUCACAUACUUUCUGGCAGCAUAAAAAGGCUUGGAUGUCAUCUUGGUUUCUGAUUCCACUGCAAUAUUUUUUGGAAACCCACAAUACUGAUAAAAGUUCAAAUAAUCAAACAGUAGUAGCCUAUCAACAUGUUAAUCCUUGUUUUAAAUGUAUUUUCAAACAACAAAUCCGUGUGUUAUGUUAAUGCACAUAGAUAGGUUAUAGCAGUGAUAUUGUGCAUUUUGUCAAAUAUGUCAAGGGUAAUGCAUGAUCACAUAGUCUAACACAAGGUAUAAAGGACCCAAAGCACUAAAGGAGUUGUACUUUCAUAUAGCCAUAUAGCCCGACCCUAUACAUUUGUUAUGGUCAACUGAUCUUUAAAGGAUAUUAGUGCAGACCAGGCCCAGCAAAGAGUACCUGAAUUUGUGUUAGUGUCUGAUCAGUGUGGAAAUAUUUCAAUUAGCCAAUGAAUUAAUAAAAAUAAAGUAAUUUAAUGGAAAAUGUUAGCAAAUGUGUAUUUGAAUCAAUGUUUAUGAUAUUAAAGCAAUAAUAUGAUUCAUCACUUGCAAAUAAUCAAUCUUAUUAUUGUUAAAAAUCAGGGCUCACGUCAACGGAAGCAAAUUAUUUUAGCAAAAUCACCAGAAAAUCAAUAUUAUGGAUAGAAAUGUAACCGCUUCAAUCAAAUAGCAAUAAAGUAAGAGCAUUUAUGGAACCCUGACGGGAACGUUAAACUGCAAUAAAAGUUUAAAUAACCUUGAAGAUCAAGAUCAACAGGAUCAUAUUGGCAUUCCUAGAUUAAGUGGUUAUAAUAUCUGGUCAAGGAGUGUGCACUGUGCAAUAAAAUCUGUAGAUGGCAUGUGAAUUAUAACAACAUUCAAUCACGUAAAGAGACUAUAUGGUUCUGACCACCAGGUGGCAGUAUGUACCAUAUAUACAAAUGAUAUUUCCCAACUGGAUCUCAUUGACUGAAUAUCCAAAUCUCUUUUACAGGCUUUUUACUGUAAAUACCUUUCCAGUACUUUGAGAAGUUGUUUUGUUUGUCAUGUUUGUUUGAUGUCACUUUUGCCACAAUAAUAUUACAAUAACAAACCACAAGCUGCAUUAUAUUUUUCCUGCAAUAUUAGUAGGGUCGCUAUCACUACAGAUGACUAAAAUAUCCAGAUUGGUGCCUGUUAGUGUAGGAAACUUAUGUUAAGAUAACCCCUCUGCUGCCCUCAUCAGAGUUCAGGGGCCAAGGGUUUAAGUGCAGUAGCAUGGAAUGCUCUUAAGAUGGGUCAGGGCUUGUGUCAAGGGCAGACAUUGUGAGCUACUUCAAACUCCAUCUAGUGAUGAGCUCAGCAUUAUGAACGCACAAAGAUAUUCAAAAGCAAAAAGAGGAAGUGAUAUUGUGUAACCAUAUCCUACUGUGAAUUCUAUAACUGCAGGAAUGUUAACCCCAUAAGGGGCCUCCAAUAAAAAGAGUUGAAGAGGGAUUCCACAGGUAAUUGAUUUUAAAAAAGACGAUUCUUUAUCACUUCUGUCAUGACCAUGACCUUGCUGUCAUAGCGAUGCAUAAAACACAGCGUACCUAACUACCCCUCUGUGCUUGUAGAAACACAUUCGACAUUGGGUCAACUGGGAAAGGUGUGUAGCCCAAGGGGCUGUGGGAAGCCCUAUGACUUCAUGGGGCUAACCAUGCUAACAUACUGUAUUCAGUCACAGUCUGCCUUUAGUCAAUGAUGUGUUAACUGCCCAUUGAUGAGUGGGCACUAGUUUGCUGUGAGAUGGUCUAAUAAAAACAGCUACAGUAUCUAGAAGUUACUCAGAUAAGUCAAAACUGCUAUCUUUUUCAACAGCAAGAGUAGAGCCUGUGUGUUUGGAACCAUUUCAAUA